AACGCAACGCAACACAACAACACAAGCAGCUAGCUAGCACUACUGCCCAGCAACAAGCUAGAGAGAUUUGCCAAAAGAAAAAAUGGCGAUGGCUAGGCGCGGCAAUGGCGGCUACCAGUACGGCGCCUACAGCUACGGCUACGGCUACAGCAAGCCGCAGGUGAACUACCACAGCCAGAGCUCCGAGAGCGUCACCACCGUCGUGACGAAGAUGGACGAGAUGAGCGUCCACGAGAACGCCGUGCAGAAGAUGUCGUCGUCGUUCCGGGAGGAGAAGGUGUACGAGCAGCAGGGCGGCGCCGGCGGCGACGUGCAGGUGUGCCGCAAUGGCGGCGCUGCUGCAGGCGCCGUGCAGAAGCACACCUACGAGGAGAAGAAGGAGGAGGAGGUGUACGAGGAGAGCAACCAUGGCGGAGGCGGCGGCGGCUGCGGCGGCUACGCUCGCCAGCACGGCGCCGGCGGUGGGCAGAAGCACGCCACGUACCAGCACGAGGUGUUGAAAGGGUACGAGAGCGCCGGCGGUGGGUACGCCGCCGCUCGCCACAACGGCGCCGGCGCCGGCGGCGUGAAGAAGCAGUACUCCUACCGCGAGGAAGAGGAGUACGACGCCGGUGGGUACGCUCGCCACAACGGCGGCGGCGUGCAGAAGCAGUACUCCUCCUACCGCCGCGACGAAGAGGAGUGCGACGCCGCAGCCGGAGGAGGGUACGGCCGCCACCACGGCGCCGGCGGCGGCGCCGUGAAGCAGCACGCCACCUACAAGCAGCACCAGGCCAUCGAGGGUGUCAACGGCUGCGGCGCCGGCGGGUACAACUACAACCGCCACCAAGCCGUCGCCGUGGCUGGCGGCGGGCAGCACCACUACGGUGGCGCCACUGCCGCCGCGUAUGGCAACGCCUCCAACAAGCAGCACUUCACUGCCGCCGCCGCCGGCCACCACAGCAGCGGCGGCCAUACCCAAUACCACCACCAAUCCUACGAAUGCGAGGAGGAAGAUUCCGACGAGGACGACUGCGAGGACGACGACGACGACGAGAGCGACGACGACGACGACGACGGCCACUGCCCACCUAGCCGCCAAGGCAGCGUCCACAGCUACCACCAGGCGGCGUACCAGCACGAGGAGAAGCAGCACGCCGGCGGCCGCAACCACUACCAUGCAUACGAGCGCCACGAGGAGCACGGCGGCGGCGCGCAACGCUACCAGAAGUACGAGAGCUCCACCCAGGUGGGCUACGCCGGCGGCGGCGGCGGCAACGGCGGAUGCGUGCGUGGCAAUGCCAAGCCAUGUUUCCGAAUCAUGGCCUAAUCCCAAACUAAUUAACCGCGCGUAAGUAAAAAAAAAAUAUCAAUUGCGUUGCUGAUGCGCUUAAAAUAAACUGUUCGACGCUUGGCUUAAGAAGUUACUAUUACUACUAAGAUCUCUAAUGUAUCAGAAAAUAAAUUGUAUGUCUUAUUAUAGAUGCUCUGCAUCCACUAUGUGGUAAAUGAUGAUAAUGUAUAAGGUUUUAUAAAGGUUUGAUGAUUACUAAUA